CACAUGCGUCGAAUACAGCAUACUUCGAUUUUACGGUCCACUUUGCUGGUUAUGUUGUCGCGAGACUACACAAAACCACGUACCAUCACUGUGCGGAAUUUCCUUUAUUCUUCACAUAGGGAACUGGAUAUCAUGGCCGAGAUGUGUCUUUGGUGUUCUGUAACCUUUCCCAUUGACAUUGUAAGGUUACGGCUGUCUGCAUCUUUAACGUGUCUGUUGUAAGCGGCGUGGGGCCUUUUUAUCUGGUCCAGUCCAAUCUUUUGUCAGGUUGGAUUCAUCUGAACACUACCUCAUUGUCAGCCAUAAGAGUCAGCCUUCUGAAACAAUGUCCAGGUCAGGAGAUAUACCAGCCCUGGAGUCUGGGACCUCAGAGGGGCUCCUGGGAGGCAUGUCUCUACCUGUUGGCAUGACCCGCCGUGCCUUGAGCUAUGAUGACAACAUGGAGGCACCCAUGUCGCCGCCUCCCUCUGAUAUCAACAUCAACAACCUGUGGGCGAAGAGGCCCGUCGUCCCACCCAGGAGGUUUCGUCACCAGGCUGAGGAGGAUGAAUCUGGAAUUACCCUAACCCACGCUGCGACUUUUGACCCUGGCCACAGGCCAAAUAUGCCUGUCGUGGUGAAGGCCAAAGCCUCCUCCGUCAUCAUCAACUCUCUGAUGACCAAGCAAACCCAGGACAGCAUGUACAGGUUUGAGCAGCAGGCUGGGCUGAGAGACACUGGGUACACCCCCCAUAAGGGCCUCACUGCUGAGGAGACCCGCCACCACCACCGCAUGCCUGAGUCAUUCCAAAAAAUGAACAUUCCAAGUGUGGAUAUGGGAGCUGGACAUGAGGACAAGCAAACAUCAUCUGCUCAGUCCACCCCUAAUAGCACUCCUCAGAGCUCACCGAAACAGAACCGCAGGGGCUGGUUAUCCAGCCAGAGCUCGACAGCAUCUGUCAGUAGCUCUGACCUCAGUACCAGCUCUAACACCAGUGUGGAUAUGGGUGCUGGUGAGGGGGGAGGAGCAGUCGAACGCUGGGCUAUCUUUGGACCACGUCCGGUUGUUCAGAAAUCCACUACCGACCCAGGUGGUUUUGCUCUCCAGUCAUACCGCGGGGCCCAGAAGCCUACCCCCAUGGAGGUGAUGAAGGCUCAGGCCACUCGGCUGGCUCAUGACCCUGCUGUUAACCAACAGGCCCCUCCCAAGAUGGAGAUCCCCACCAUGGAGAGCAGUAGACCGUCAGCACGGCCGCACAAACUCAAACCUCGAGACAUAAAUAUCCUCACACCCUCAGGUUUCUGAGAUGUACCAUGUUGUCACUUCUCCUUCAUUUUGUAGCUACUAGUCUAGUCUACCAUCUAGUCCAAGGCUCUCCAACUCUGUUCCUGGAGAGCUACCCUCCUGUAGGUUUUUACUCCAACCCUGUUCCUGGAGAGCUACCCUCCUGUAGGUUUUUACUCCAACCCUGUUCCUGGAGAUCUACUCUCCUGUAGGUUUUCACUCCAACCCUGUUCCUGGAGAGCUACCCUUCUGUAGGUUUUUACUCCAACCCUGUUCCUGGAGAGCUACCCUCCUGUAGGUUUUUACUCCAACCCUGUUCCUGGAGAUCUACUCUCCUGUAGGUUUUCACUCCAACCCUGUUCCUGGAGAGCUACCCUUCUGUAGGUUUUUACUCCAACCCUGUUCCUGGAGAGCUACCCUCCUGUAGGUUUUUACUCCAACCCUGUUCCUGGAGAGCUACUCUCCUGUAGGUUUUCACUCCAACCCCAGUUGUUACUAACCUGAUUCAGCUUAACAUCCAGCUCAUUAUUGGAAUCAGGACAGUAGUGCUCCAGGAACAGGGUUGGAGAGCCCUGGUCUAGUCUCUCCCCACUUCUAUUAUUUAACACCCUUGUUUUGCCUCAGCCAUUUGCCGUGUAAUAGAACCGUGUAUAUUUACUUUGUAUGUAUGGUCCGACUGUGAAGAUGUUCUGAUGCAUGGUGUUGCAAAGUGUAACUCUCUCACUGUUUUGACAAAGACUGUAAGUCACACUGUGUUCAUGGUUUGGUCAUUCAGUUGGCUUGUGAAUCUCAUUCAGAAGUACACUAUCACUAGCUUUUCAUUGUCUGCAGAUUUCUGUUAGAUGUAAUGAUUCACAUUUGUCAUGUCUCCAUGUUUUUUUUUUCUUCGUGUAUCCGCAUUCCUGCUGUCAAGUCGACCGUUUUGAAGUUGAAACACUGUCAGUAAAACCCUGCAACAGAAUGUUAAUGACAUGUUGCAUAUUAAUCAGAGAA